AUGGCCCUCCGAAUUCGGCCGCCGCCCCCAGCCGCGAUGGAGAACAUGGCCGUCGAGAACGUUAACAACAUCGUCGGCACGUUGAAGCGUCGGCAGGUAGAAAUGUUCUCGGACGAGCACAUGGACGAGCACAUCAACAAGCGCCUUGCGACAGCCGCCGAUGCGCUGCAACAACGGCGGCACUGGCUCGAGUCUGCGAGCAGCGAAGACCUGGAUGCGUGGCGGCAGCGCGGCGAUCGCGCCGCGCUCUGCCGGCUCGCUUCAGACGCCGCGGGCGACGCCCACCCGAGCUUUCUUCAGCUCCUGCACGCGCUGCUGCACAGCCGCUCAUCUGAUGAGGAUGCAUCGCUGAUGGCUCGCGUGGCCAGUGUGCGCGACCGUGCCACGUUGCGGGGCCUCGCGAGCACCGGCACGCGCACAUGGCUCACAAGCGCCGGGGACGCCCGCAAGGCUGACUGA